AUGAGAGAGGCACCGGCUCAGCAGGCGGCAGGAUGUCAGCUCCAGCUGACGGAGGCUCUGAACAGCAGGAGGAUGAACCACAGUCCGAGGAGCUCAGAACCAGAUCAGCCAAGGACCACAGCACUUCUCCUGCAGCAGCCUGGAACCAUGAGCGUGGACGAAGACGGGCGCUGGCUGGACUGGGUCACCAGACAGUUCGAGAGCAUUGCCGGAGACGACAAGGAGAUCGACCUGGACGAGUUUAAAACAGCUUUAAAGGUCAAAGAGUCCUUCUUUGCCGAGCGGUUCUUCGCUCUGUUCGACUCAGACGGCAGCGGAUCCAUCAGUCUGGACGAGCUGCUCAAAGCUCUGGACCUCCUGAUCCACGGCAACGAGACCGACAAACUCCGCUUCCUGUUCCAGGUCUACGAUGUGGAUGGAAGCGGCUCCAUUGAUCCGGACGAGCUCCGGACGGUUCUGAAGUCAUGUCUGCGUGAGAGCGCCAUUUCUUUGCCGGAGGAGAAACUGGACGACUUGACGCUUGCGCUGUUUGAGUCUGCGGAUAAAGACAACAGCGGAUCCAUCACCUUCGAGGAGCUCAAGGCUGAGCUGGAGACCUUCCCGGAGGUGAUGGAGAACCUCACCAUCAGUGCUGCUAACUGGUUGAAACCUCCUGACCUAGAUCCGAAGAAGCAUCAGACCCCUCGGUACCUGACCCGGGCUUACUGGCAGAACAACAGCCGGAAGCUGCUGUUCUUCUGCAUGUACAUCGUCCUCAACCUGCUGUUGUUCAUCGGUGCCAUGCUGCAUCACCGCUAUGGUGGCAUCUGGCUCAUGGUGGCCAAGGGCUGCGGCCAGUGUCUCAACUUCAACUGCACCUUUGUCAUGGUGUUGAUGCUGCGCCGCUGUUUGACGUGGCUCCGGGCCACCUGGGUGGUGAGGGUCCUGCCUCUGGACCAGAACAUCCUGCUGCACCAGAUGGUGGGCUACGCCAUCCUCUGCUUCACUGUGGUGCACACCGCCGCGCAUGUCCUCAACUUCGCCCAGCUGUCCAAGCAGACCGGAUUCAGUCUGUGGGAGUACUUGCUGACCACCCGGCCCGGUGUGGGCUGGGUUGGGGGGGCGGCGUCGCUGACCGGGGUGGUCCUGCAGCUGCUGAUCUGCCUCAUGGUCCUCUGCUCCAGCACCUUCGUACGACGCAGCGGACACUUCGAGGUGUUCUACUGGUCCCACCUGUCUUACGUGUUGGUCUGGGUCCUGCUCAUAAUUCACUGUGCCAACUUCUGGAAGUGGUUUGUGGUUCCGGGUCUGGUCUUCCUGCUGGAAAAGAUUGUGGGAAUCGCUGUGUCUCGAAUGGGAGGUCUUUACAUCGUGGAGGUCAACUUACUGCCCUCCAAGGUGACUCACCUGGUCCUCAGACGUCCUCAGUUCUUCCACUUCAAACCUGGAGACUACAUCUACAUCAACAUUCCCGUCAUCGCCAAGUACGAGUGGCACCCGUUCACCAUCAGCAGCGCUCCGGAGCAGGCAGACACUCUGUGGCUUCACGUGCGCUCCAUGGGCCAGUGGACCAACCGGCUGUAUGAGUACUUCAGACAGUCAGAGAACCAGCUGCCAUGUCCCAAGAGACUGUCCGCCAGCCUGAGGAAGCGCCGCCAGGAGAAGGAUCAGCAGGAUGAGUUGUUCGGUUCUGCUGACUCUAAUGGGUCAGUGGCAACCAAUGAGGACGGGGCCAUCGAGCUCACCAUGUUUCACCUGAAUGCCCCCAGAGCAUCUCAAGCCUCGCCCCCUGGAGCUUCCCCAGCCUCACCCCCCAGAGUGUCCCCAGCCUCGCACCCUGAAGCUCAGGCCCCCAUGGAGCCACCUUGGGAUGAGCCGGGCCCAGCAGAGAGAGGAGAGGCUGGUACACUCAGAGAGAUUUCUGCCAAGUUUGCUGAGAACCAUCGACUCUGCAACAUCAAAUGUUAUGUAGAUGGACCGUAUGGAACUCCGACUCGGCAGAUCUUUGCCUCUGAGCACGCUGUCCUGAUCGGAGCUGGAAUUGGAAUCACUCCAUUCGCUUCCAUCCUGCAGAGCAUCAUGUACCGAUACCGCAUGAGGAAGCAGAACUGUCCCAACUGUAACUACUCCUGGUGCGAGAACAUCAAAGACAGCGACAUGAAGCUGCGUAAAGUCGACUUCAUCUGGAUCAACCGGGACCAGAAAUCCUUCGAGUGGUUCGUCAGUUUGCUGACCAAACUGGAGAUGGACCAGGCCGACGAGGAGCCGGAAGGUCGUUUCCUGGAGAUGCACAUGUACAUGACAUCAGCGCUGAGCAAGAACGACAUGAAGGCCAUUGGCCUGCAGAUGGCGCUAGACCUCCUGGCCAAGAAGGAGAAGCGAGACUCCAUCACAGGCUUGAGGACCAGAACCCAACCAGGACGGCCCGAGUGGGGGAAGGUGUUUCAGAAACUGUCUGAGGAGAAGAAAGGGAAAGUCCAUGUGUUUUACUGUGGAGCUCCAUCUCUGGCUAAAGUCAUCAAAUCUCAGUGUGAAAACUUCGGCUUCAAUUUCUACAAGGAGAACUUCUGAGAAGCAGCACACACACCUGCUUGUGUGUGUGUGUGUGUGUGUGUUAUAUCACGGGGAAUUACGAGCACUCAUACCUUUAACCUAUUUUCUAGAGAAAACUGAUCAAUAACUGACAGCUGUCAAUAUAACAAGCUGUCAGUAAAAUCAGCUGUUAAUGAAACCAGACCUGGCAACCAGUCAUGUUGAAAACUGCAUAUUAGAUUUAACAAUCUGAGGAUAACUGGUGAGAAUGGGAGGAAUCUCAUACUAAUACACCUCUGUCCCUUUUAACUUAUUUUACCAUUAUUACUCUUAUUAAAAUGUCUUUUUUCCUUUCUCUG